AUGUCUGCGCAAGGAACGGCUCACAAGGAGACUCCCAAGGAGACGUUCUAUCGUCAGUUCCAGGGGACCGUAGCCAACAUCCAAGAACAAAUCAACCACCUCGCCAAUCUCUCCGCCGUCGCCGGCGAACGCCAUGAUGCCAUCGAGCACAUCCUAACCGGCAUCUCCCGGCUCUCCAACGAAGUCGCCGACGCCGCCGACUACGUCCCCGCCUACGACCAGCGCACCUACUCGCAAGCGCUCAAGCAGCUGACAGACCAGCUCAACGAGGCCCAAGCCAAGUUCGCGCCCAAGAGCCGGUUCCAGUUCAAGAAGCGCCACAAUCCACAGGCGGCAUCCGGGGCCGGAGGAGACGCUACUGUGGCCGCAAACGACAAGACCGACAAGAAGAAGAGCGAUGCCCGGUAUAUGCUUCCCCAGGGAGGGCAAGAUAAGACCUCUUCUCCUUCUGCGACAGCUGAGGAACACCGGGACAGCCUCAGCAACCUGCCCUCCUUCCCCGCCAUCACCAAGAACUACAAUGAAGAGAUUGCGAAGGAUCCUACAAAAUCGAGAGUCCGUAAGCCGAGCUUCUCGUCGGCGCGGGACAUUACGCUCUCAGACCACGAGAAGCUGCACAUCAUCCUGCCGCUGUCGGCGUCCAGGGCGACUUCGGCGGGCGCGCUCACGAACAUGAAGGGAUGUAUCGUGGACAUGUCGACACCUACACAAGCAGGCGGCGGCGCACCGUUUGCCAGUCUAGCGCUCAAGAACAUCUCGGACAGCUUGAUCGUUGCGGGCCACGUGGAUGGGCCGUGCCACAUCACGGGUCUGCGUGACAGCAAGGUGCUGGUGGUGGCGAGGCAGGUGCGGAUCCACGAGUGCGAGAACGUGGAUUUUUAUCUGUACUGUGCCAGCAGGCCGAUUAUUGAGGAUUGUAAGGGGUUGAGGUUUGCGCCCGCGCCCAAGGUUCAUUCGGCCGACAAGGACGAGAAAACCAACAUGUGGGAUCAGGUGGACGACUUCAAAUGGCUGAAGGCGGAGCAUUCGCCAAACUGGAGCGUGCUGCCGGAAGAGCAGCGCAUUGCGGAGGAUAUCUGGAAGGAUAAGGUCCCUGGUUAUCCUGGUGCAGGCCUGGACGAUAUCUUGAGGACAGUCGGGAUUGGAGCUGAGGCGUAG